UCAAUUCGGUUUGGAGCAGGUUAUUCUGCAUGCCUGUGACACCCAACCUCAACUACAUGCGAUCGAUCGAAGGACUGGGGACAAGAACUACGUCCUACGACAUAGAUCGCACGUAGAUGCGUGGAAUGACCAAGCAUCUCAUUUAGUUCGAGGAGAUAACUUCACAGGUCAUAGCACUGGUAUGUACAUGAGUUGGUAUAGGCGUAUCUCCAUAUUACGCCUAACGAACACCACAUUUGCGCAGCCAAGAUCACAUUACCAUCCGACAUCUACGUUACUGGCUGAGCGCAUCCGAUCGGUGCUCAUACAGUGCAAUGACACGAUUCAAGGGGCCGCUACAUCGCCAGUUGAUGUGGGGUAUCGGCUAUGUUCUCAGACCCUAGGCUCCAUUAACGCAUCAUUGAUCGAUGCAUUGAGUCAGGCGGGGUAUGAGUACCUCAUACCGACUCCACCCAUCAUUGGCGAGGUAGAUGACACAUUCCACACUCCUUCUCCAAGGAGUUCAGCCCAUAGAGGUAGCUCUUCCGGAGGAUCCAGUUCUCGGUCCACACGAGGUCGCCAGCUAGGGAUGGACAAAAACUGA